AUGGUUAGAACUAGAGGUUUAUGUCGUGCUUUAGGCAAAGUUGUAAGAAGAGCCCUAGGGAGAGAAGAUAAUCGUGAUUCAGAUGAAUCUCUCCAACAGCGAAGGCCAACAACAUCUGCACGUAGGCAUCGAGAAAUUGCCGCUGUUGCUGAGGAGAGUCCUCACCUGGAUGACGCAGCUGAAGAGGUCUUCCAACAAUCUGAAGGAGUAGUUGUUGAUGAUCAGGGUUUUCCAGGCGGGCCGCGCGACACAUCAGUUCUGACUGCCUAUGCUGAUCAUGUUGUAGUCAUUUUAUCCUCCCAUGGAAGACAAGUUCAUAAAUUCGGGAGGCCUGCUAUUGAGAUUGAAGGGCCACUUGUCCAACAUAAGGAAACUAGCAGUUUCCAUCUUCCAGUAGGAGAGGUCGUCAUCACCCUCGAUGAUGUGGCCUCUUUGCUUCAUCUGCCCAUCAUAGGCGCAUUCCACAGCUUCGAGACUCUUCAUGUCGACGAAGCAGUGUUGAUGUUAGUGGAGUUACUUGAAGUCAGUGAAGAUGAAGUCAAAGCUCAGACAGUACAGUGUCAUGGGGCAUAUAGUGCAACACACGUGCAUGUGGUGUUCUUGGACACCUUUCGAGACCUCUAUCAGAAUGAAAGCAACGCAUGGGGAGCUGCCUCCCUAGUGCAUAUGUACAAUGAUUUGAAUGAUGCUUGUAAGAGUGACAACAUACAACUUGUUGUAUAUAUCACACUAUUACAGUGUUGGAUUUAUGAGCAUUUUCCAUCUGUUGCUGAGGGUUUUACGGAUGAAGACUAUGAUGAAAGGUCACCAUGUGCCUACCACUGGACCUAUACGAAGGCAUUACCAGCGUCAACGUAUCGAAAGCGUCUAGAUCGACUGACGACUGCUAAUGUUUGUUGGAUGCCUUAUGGUGCCAUCAUGCAAUUAGAGACUUCGACCCGAUUUCAUGUUUUUCUAGACAUUUUCGAUGGGAUCCCGUUGUUGUCAUACUCUGACCAGAGAGGGUUGUGUGGUAAUUUGGAUUUGUGUUGUGCCUGGAAAUCUGCACCAGACUAUAUGGAGUGGUUCUACAUGAUUUUGCAUCCAUUCAUGAGGCUGACACAGCUUGGGGAUCCACCCAAACAUCCACCUAUCGUGCAAGAUGAGACAUAUGUCGAACCAGAUAUGCCUCAGUACUUGGUGGUGGCAGCAGCUAUGGAGGAAGCAUUUGCGCAUGCACCUUCUGAUUUGGAGCAGCCUAGACAUGCAAUGGAGGCUUGUCAAGCAAUAGCUGAAAGGUUGGAGAGGUUGUUCAACCUAAGGAUAGUGACUGAAGGCACAAAAACAUAUGUUGUCAUGCAAGAUUGCCUAAGGAUCGCUAGAGGUGUCACUGUGGAUCACAAUGUAUAUGUGAUGUCGCGACGAAGAGCGGCGAAGGCCUACAGCAGCGCACGUAGGCAGCAGGAAGCUGCUCCUGUUGUUGAGGAUGAUCCUGUGGUGACUGAAGACUUACAUGCACAUGUUGAAGAAGCUGUUGAUGAUGCUGAGGGACUUCCAGGUGGACUGCGUGACCCAUCAGUGCUGACUGACUAUGGUGACCAUGUUGCAGUCAUCCUAUGGAAUGGAGAGUGUUGGAUAUAUGAGCAUUUUUCCUCUAUUGCUAAGUGUUUGACUGAUCCAGACUAUGAUGAGAUGUCACCACGUGCCUGGCGGUGGAUUGCUACGAAGGCUUCUUUGAAGUCAUUACCAGCAUCGAGGUACCAGAAACGUCUAGAUGGAUUGACAAUUGUUGAUGUUUGCUGGAUGCCAUACGGUGAGCACCGUGGAGUGCAGAAUUUUGAUUAG